UUUCCACCCACUCUACCAACAAUGGGUUGCCAAACCUAGACUCUCACAAUAUUCGAUAAUAAUGGCUCUUUGCAAAAAAUGCUUUUUGUUUUACUUCGCACUGCAAAUGCUAUCCAGUUCUUUGUCAAUUAGUUUGAUGGACACUCCGAUUAUGGUAGACUAUACUCAUCUUAUGUGGAAUUUGCCAUCCAUGGAUUCAGUGGAGACUCCUGAUAAGAUGAAAUUUGAUCAAUACGUAACUCUGAGUGAAGAUGGAACUGUGAAGCUUGCAUGGAAUUUUACUGACGAUAAAAUAACUUUCAAGCUAUCGGCGCAAACUCAUGGAUGGAUAGGGGUUGGAUUUGCAAAAACCCAAGUCGGAAAUACUGGAGCAGAUUUCAUUGUAGCAGGAGAUAAAAGUCAAUCAAAUUACUAUGUCGCGGAUAUGCAUGUUGAUAAAAACGGAGAAUAUGCUGUUGAUAAAGUACAAGAUGUGAGUGUAAUUGCAGUUUGGGAAGAUCAGGAUGAAACUUAUGCGAUUUUUUCUCGACCUCUUGUCUCGUGCGAUCACGAUCAAGAUGUAGAAAUUACGUCCGAUACAUUACGAAUUAUCUGGGGAGUUGGUGCUGUGGAUCCACGAGGAUCAGAGCCGGAAAGGGGAGAAUUAAUUCCUUCAAAAUCAGGAUCUUUGAAUAUAAAGUUAUUGAAUCCAAUGAAUCCCGCUCUUGACAUCAAUUCACCUGAUUCAGAAGUUGAAACAUUUGAUCUAAAAUUGGACAACAUCCAUGUAGAACUUGGAGAAUAUCGACAUUGCACCGUCUUUCGAUUUCCAGAAAUUACAACAAAGAGACACAUAGUACAGUUCGAGCCGAUUAUCACCGAAGGAAAUGAAUACAAUGUCCGUCAAAUCACUAUACGCCAAUGCACAAGGAUAGACCAGUCUUUGUCGGCAACGCAACAAGCGACGUAUAAUUGCGAUGAAGCAACAUCUUGCAAGACAAUAGUAUUAACAUGGUCUAUAGGCAUGACAAGAUUUACUUACCCUGAUGAAGUGGGUUAUCCUGUUGAAGAGGAUGCAACUUAUUUCAUGAUGGAAAUCAGAUACGUAAAUCCACAGAUAGAAGGUUUAAUAGAUUCGUCAGGACUUCGAAUUUACUACUCGUCACAGCUUCGUCAAUACGAUGCAGGCGUUAUGUCUACCGGCAGCCUGGUUCAUGAAAGUCAGAUUAUACCACCGAGAAGUACAAACUUUUUGCUGCAGGGACAUUGCAUGACAGAAUGCCUUACUAUGGCUCUUCCCCACGAUGGCCACGUAACGAUAUUUGCCGCACUACUUCACGCAAGAGAAGCAGGACGAAAAAUAAAACUACGUCAUUUCAGGGACGGAGAAGAGCUCACUCCAGUUGCUGAAGAUAAUAGCUUUCUAUCUCUUCACCAAGAAACUCAGUUUCUGGGACAGAAGAUUGAACUGCACAAAAGAGAUAAUAUGAUCGUUGAAUGUACCUAUGACACAUAUGAUCGCAACGAUAUAACUUAUGUCAACAAUUCCAAAGGUGGAGAAUCAUGUCUUGCAUUUUUAAGUUAUUUUCCAAGAACAACUAAGCUGACUGAAUGCGAGACUGCGCCGACAGAAAAUGUAAUCAUGUCAACAGUUGGUGCAGCAAGACCUGAAGAAAUGGGAAAGAUUGCUGAAAGGUUUGAGUGGACGAGCCAGCAAACUCGCGAAUAUAAUAACCGAUUGCUACAAAGUAAAGUUUACGUUCAUUGUGGAGGUUCACUGCUACAAGGACCUCGUCCCAUUCCGGCUAUUAAAAAAGUUUUUGUAGAAGAACAUAAAUGCAGAAGUGAUAAAUUAUUAGACACUACUACAACAGUGGCUUCUAAUCAAACUACUACCGAUAGUGGAGCAGGCGCCAAUUUACCUUUGGGAAAUUUCAUAAUUUGUGUUCUCAGCUUUUCAGUUUUAUUGUCAUACUUACUUUGUUCGUGAUAUUCUAUUAUGACUCCUUUGUUAAAACACUUUUCAUUGCCUUUAUCGCAAAAGCUUGGGUUGAAGUCUACCCCAAAUACCUCAGUCAAGUUGGUAAAUAGCAGCAAGUUUGUUUUAAACUGACGACGACUCAUGUGUUGAACUUGAAAUCCCAGCGAGACGGCUAUGGACGAGUUGGCCCAUUUAUAUUUGCCGAUAAGUUACAAAUAUAAUUUUUUGAAAUGGGCAGGUAUGGCUAUUUCUGUGUUCAGGCACGUAAAUGUUCUUGUUUACACUAUUGUAAUAUAUCAUGCGAAGCUCGCACGGCGCACCACAUAAUGAAUAUGAUAUUUUUUGUUAUCAUUGAAACCACAGUCUGACUUUAAUGAUUUCAGCUACAACUCGCUCCCUUUGAAUCAGUGAUGUAAUUUGUCAACCAGAUCCUCAUCGUUAAUAAUAAAAUGCUGUGAAACCAUGUCGUUUUUCAGUUUUUUUUUCAAGGUGCACUUUAUAUAUAUACAAAAAUAUGGAAUAGGUGAUAUACUGCAGCUUUUCGUUUUACAAUUUUUUUGCAACCGAUUAUUUGGUUGUUGAUAAGAUGACAUAUUUUGUUUGUUCAAUCUAUUUCAAUUUGCUAUUUUCUUGUUUUUAAAUUUAAGUUAUUGCCAAAUACACUUGCUUAUAACUAUAAUUUAUUAGGUUAGGCAGUGAAAAAUCUACUCAUGACGUAAUAUUGCAUUCACUCGUUCCUUAUGACGUCAUAAUAAAUUCCCACGUUUAUGUGAAACAAGAAAUCACAUAACGUCACAAUUUUUGAAUUUCUCCUGAACGAAAUCCUACGUACGCCACUGGGCAUGAUGAAUUUCGAAAUCAUAGAAAUAUUGAAUUCAUAUGUAUCGUAUGUUACUUUAAUGCAUUUUUUCAUUUUAAUGAAGGAAAAUAAGAACUAGAGAUUCUUUCAUGUUUUCUUCCUGAAUAACUGUCAACAUUUUGCAUUUUUAUACAUUUUGCGCAUUGUCUUGUCAAAUAUACUAUUUUCGAACAGAGA